CGUCCCACUUCGGCCCCUGGGGCUCCCCGCAGACGACUCUUCUGCUCCGCUGGGGCCGCCUCUCUGGGAGCCCGGCGCCUGCAUCCGCGCYCACCCCCGCCGGGGGAUGGGGCCUCCCCGCUGCUCUGACCGGCCCUUCUGGGGUCCCCGAGGUGCCUUGGCCCCUCCCUGACCGCCAGGCGCUACUGGUGCCGCCGCCCCCAGGAUGAAGGGCGGCGAGGGAGACGUGGGCGAACAGGCCCCGUUGAACCCGGAGGUCGAGAGCCCGGCGGGCUCGGCCACGUACCGGGAGUUCGUGCACCGCGGUUACCUGGACCUUAUGGGGGCCAGUCAGCACUCGCUGCGGGCGCUCAGCUGGCGCCGCCUCUACCUCAGCCGAGCCAAGCUCAAAGCCUCCAGCCGCACAUCUGCCCUGCUGUCAGGCUUCGCCAUGGUGGCCAUGGUGGAGGUACAGCUGGAGAGUGACCAUGAAUACCCACCAGGCCUGCUGGUAGCCUUUAGUGCCUGUACCACCGUGCUAGUGGCUGUGCACCUCUUUGCACUUAUGGUCUCCACAUGUCUACUGCCCCACAUUGAAGCCGUGAGCAACAUCCACAACCUCAACUCUGUUCACCAGUCACCACACCAGCGACUCCACCGCUAUGUAGAGCUGGCCUGGGGCUUCUCCACUGCCUUGGGCACUUUUCUCUUCCUGGCUGAAGUUGUCCUGGUGGGCUGGGUCAAGUUUGUGCCCAUUGGGGCCCCUCUGGACACACCGGCCCCCAUGGUACCUACAUCCCAUGUGUCUGGGACUCUGCCACCAGUGGCUUCCUCCCUUGGUCCAGCUUCCAAACUCCCACCAUCCUCAGCUUCUGUAACCCCAUCACAGGUUGAGCCUUCUGAGGCCUGCCCUCCCCGGCAGGUAUGUGGUAGUAAUGGUGGGGUUCACGGGCCAGGCUGGCAAGCAGCCAUGGCCUCCACAGCAAUCAUGGUACCUGUGGGCCUUGUGUUUGUGGCCUUUGCCCUACAUUUCUACCGUUCCUUAGUGGCCCACAAGACAGACCGCCACAAGCAGGAGCUAGAGGAGCUGAGUCGCCUGCAGGGGGAGYUGCAGGCUGUGUGAAUCUAAUGUUAGUCUCUGCUGUGUGCACUGCCUCCCUCAGGGUUCUGCAAGAGGCCACAGGGGCCGAUAGACCAUUCCCCACUCCUGGAGGGAGCCACUUCCUGUGGCCACUCUCAGGUAGAGACCAGACUUUUGCCCACAGGUUCUCACAUUCCCAGGGAUUUUCCCUGUCAGUCUGUCCCAUGGUUUUUGUAAGCUCCAAUCUACUAAUGUCCAAAUCUGGGAAGAGUAAGUGUGAAAGUGAAACAUUCUCAAUACAAGGAUCCUGGGGUAGAAACAGGGAGGCAAGGAGACCCUAGAGGGAUGUGUGGUGCUGACCUUCAGCUGCUCCUUUACAGGACAUGGAGAUCAGAAGGUCACAGACCUACACAGCUGCCCCCAAAGGCCAUCAACCCUUGCUUCAGUUGUGUAGAAUGUAUUUUGCAGUUGGCAUUUUUGGGGAAAAUUUCCCCUGUACCCAGAUUUUGAUGGGUUCUACAUUCUUGCUUUGGUGACUGUAGAGGGAUUUUGGUGUUUCUGUGACAGAUAUAAGCCCAGGCCUUCCUAGGAAGAACCUACUUUUGGAUUCAAGCCCACCCUCCACUGUUGACCUGUGGCCAUUGGCAGAAGGGGGAGAUCUUGCCUCACUGCCCUAGGCCCAUACUCACAUGCCUGUAUCGGGGAGUUCUCGCCCUCCUGGCCCCUGGCUGGGGGUUCUUGGAAGACUGAGGGCCUGUGCACCCAGUCUGACUCCUUAGCAGGGACUGGGUGAAGAGAUUUUAAUGGAGAAAGUCCAGUCCCCAGCCCUUGGAAUCAGAGCUCUUUAACACUUAA